AUGACCAAGCGCAUUGAGCAAAGAUACUCUAUCAAAUUCUGUCAAAAACUUGGUGAUACGCAAGCCCGGACUAUCGAGAAGAUUCAGGAGGCCUUUGGAGAUGAUGCCUUGGGAAAAGUACAAAUAAAGGAAUGGUACAACCGGUUUAAAGAUGGCCGCACCUCAGUGGACAGUGAACCGCGUAGUGGCAGACCAUCGACUAGCGGAGACGACGAAAUGAUAGCAAAGGUUCGAAGAAUAGUCUAUGAAGAGCGUCAUGUGACUAUUGAGAAGUUUGUUGCCGAAAUUAGAAUCAGCCAUGGGUCAGUUCAAUCAGUUCAUUCCGUCCACAUCGUCCAAGCAUUCCUUGUCAAAUAA